UGAAACGAGUUCGGUGCCUUGAGUUCUCUGCAAGAUGAAUUCUCAGGAUAGAAAGGAGUUCAAGAGACUGCAGAAGUGCAAACUGAAGUCUCAGGCUGCAGGCAAGCUCAAAGAAGAAGCUGAAAUCUGUAAUGUCUUAGGGGAAUUACUAUCCAAGUAUGGUGAAUAUGAAGAUGCUAUCAGAGAACAUCAACACGAAUUGCAACUCUCAGAGUCAGUCCAGGAUGUCAUCGGGGCAGCAGUUGCCAAUCGCAAGAUCGGGGAAUGCUACAGUCAACUCGGCCACUACAAGAAAGCCCUCCGCCAUCAGGGGCGCCAUCUGGAGCUGGCCCGAUCUGUGGAUAGCUACGUGGAAGAGCAGCGAGCACACGCCACUAUUGGACGGACGUACUUGUUUCAGGGGGAGAACAGCAAACAGAGCAACCCAGAUGAGGCUCAAGUUGCACUACAUAAGGCCAGGGAGUCAUUUUUUAAAAGUCUGGAAGUAUGCAGCCACCUUAAGGGUGUGGUAACAGAGAGAGAGCUAAUGGAGAUGAAAGCUAGACUGUAUCUCAACAUCGGACUAGUGUACGACAAUCAGAGGGACAAUGUCAACUCGGCAAAGUUCAUCAAGCAGGCUGUCUUUAUCGCUGAGAAGCAUCAUCUUUUAGAAGACUUGUACAGAAGCCACUGUUCCCAGGGAGACAUCUACCAGAGGACUGGAGAGAGCACCAAGGCACUCAGGUCCUUUGAGAAUGCCAUGAAGGUCGCUAAGAAACUCAAAGAGAAGAACUGGGAGAGCGACGCCCUGUCCGUUUCGGCAAAUGUGCUGCUCCAGUUGGGUGACUUCACCGCCGCUAAGAGGGCCUUGAAGAAAGCCUACAAGCUGGGCUCCGGUAAAGCAGAGGAGAGGGACAUUGUUGUCAGGACACUCAAAGCAACUAUCAGAGCUUGCCGGCUUCUAGAGGAACUUGACGACACGUCGGAUGUUGCUUACAGAGAGCGACUACCACUGUACGAGGCGAUGGGUGACCUCUGCUGUAAGAUCAGUGUGUUCACAAGGGCUGCCGCCUACUACAAGAAACAGCUUUCUUGCGCCAUGGCUCUCCAGUGUGACCCAAAAGAACUGGUCCCCAUCUACGUUUCACUGGCGACCACCUACGCAGAUGACGGCCAGCACAGAAAGGCUAUUGAGAUGUAUCGCAAAGAGCUUGAGCUGAGGAAAGGCCAUCCAAAGGAGGAGGGGCGUACUUGGCUGAACAUUGCUGAUGCUCAAGAAAGAUCCCACCAUGACUUUGAGACGGUCAGCCAGUCUUAUAAGAAUGCUGUGGAUUGUGCCAAGAAGGCAGAACACUCAAAGUUACAGCUACUGUCGCUGAGGUCCCUGAGCCUCCUUCACAAGAAGGCCAAGCAGGAGCUCCUGUACGGAGCAACCAUGGAGAAGAUUCACCACUUGAAGGAGAAGUACGACAUCGCAUCGGAUGACGAAGAGGAGCUGAGUGAGGAUGAUGAGAGGGAAGGGACCGGGGGGCAGGAGAUGGACAGCGAGUCAUGGGAGAUGGACAAUCUGGAAUUGUCUGAUUCAGACGUGUCCGACGUGGAGGAAGAAUAUGACCGGUCAUCAGCUACUGUGAGAGCAAGAAAAAGCAAGUUUGCAAAGCGGAAUGAGAAAGGAGAGACGUUGCUUCACAGAGCCUGCAUUGACGGAAACGUAAGACAAGUCAAGAAGCUGUUGCUCCAGGGUCACCCAGUCAAUCCCAGAGACUACUGCGGCUGGAUCCCACUCCACGAGGCCUGUAACUUUGGCCACCUCGGUAUUGUGGAGCUCCUGCUGGAAUACGGGGCGGACAUCAGCGAUCGCGGGGGCGAGGGGUGCAGCGGUAUCACCCCUCUUCACGAUGCCAUUAACGGAGGAAACUUUGAAGUGGCGGAGCUGCUUGUUGCAAGAGGGGCCAGUGUGCAGGCCAAAGAUGACAAGGGUAUGAAUGCAUUGGACACGAUGCAGAACUGGAUGGAGACGUACGCCGGUGAUCUUGACCAGGGUACCAGGCAAGACGCAGAGAGGAUGUCCAAGACGUUACAGCAGGUCCACAAACAAGGACACCACCAUUCAGUUCCAGCGAGGCCAAAGAAUAUCUUAGAGAAUACUGAUCUCUUUGAUAGGGAAGAGAGCCGAUCUCAAGCCGUUACAAGACAGUCACAAGCAUCUACCUCAUACAGCGACAACCACCCUCACCACCACGGUAGAGAUAACAAUAAGAAACAUACUAGUUCCAAUAAGGAACCCACCUCCGCCGUCAGAGGCAAGCAGCAGUCACAAAAUGGGCCGUCACUUCGUCAAAGAAAUAUCGGACGGAGAGACCGAAGCGUCGAGGAGAUGAGUGAUGAUGGAGACCACUUUGAGACACUCGGGGGAGCAGAGUCAGGGAAUGACUCAGACGAGUCUAUGGAUAUUCCCCAGGAUUCAUUGCCUGUGAUGACAUCACACAUUAGAACGCGGGUAGUGGCUGACAAGCCUUCGACGUCUAAUACAGAGGAGAGGUUGAUGGAGGGCAAUGAUCUCUAUUUAGAAGCAACGGUUUUAGCUGAUGAUGAUGUUCUUCAGAUCGAUGACCUUGAAGAUAGUGAGAAUAUUUAUUCUACUCAAAAUGAACCUCCUGUUAGUGAAGAUGCGCGACAGAGUUACAUGAGUGCAGUGUCCAGUGUUGGGAGUGCAGCUACGAGACUGACUCUGAAUCCAGUCCAAGUCAACACGGCCAAAACGAAACCAACCAAUGAGACACCCGCUCUUAUACCCGAAGAGGAAUACACCGGCGGUGACGAUUGGCUGAUUGAGGAUGUGGCCACCCGACCAAACAAAAGGACAAGAAUGGACUUGGAUUACAUGAUGAGGAAUAACAAUCAGACCCAAAGUACCUCAAGUCCUAGUGGAAGCCAGUUGAGGGCCUCCCAGAAGAUCUUGUCGCUGAGUCGCAAGUCUAGUAAGAGGUCUAGGCAAAUGAAGCUGACCAGCAUGGGAGCCAGUGUGGUUUCUAGGCAGGCAAGAGAAGGAAGUCGUGUACCCUCACCUCUGUUUGAGGAAAACAGCAGGCCAGAUUCUGACACUGACUUCAGUCCUGUCCAAGAGGUGGAGGAGGAACCUCCAACUACAAGACUCUUGGACACUAGUAGAGUGGAGCAGCCACCCGUGCCAGACCAUCACCCUGGACCAGCUCAUCACCCUGGGCCAGCUGGAGCCGUUAUGAGAGUCAGAGUCAAGAUACAAGAUAAGACCUUCCUCAUCCCCAUCAGAGAAGCAACGAACACUAUGAGUUGGUUAUGCGAGGAAGCAGCCAAACGCCAUUUUGCCUCCUGCGGACUGAGACCCAAGCUACAACUAUGCACGGGAGAAGGGGCCAUGUUCUCACCUGAUGAUGUCAUUGCGGACCUACUGAAUAAUAAUGAGGAGGUUAUUGGUAAGGUGGAAGCGUGGGACCUACCGCCCCUCACUGAACGAUACAAACGAGCCUGUCAAAACGCCAAGACGGUUGAGCACCCCAAGAUUCUCAGUCACCUCCAGCAAUCCCAGUCCACCCCAACAACCCUGGAGCUCCACAGCUUAUCCCUGAAGGCCCCCCACCUCAAGCCCCUCUUCCUUGCCCUCCAAUGUCAGUACUCCCUCCGCAAGUUAAUCCUACCGGGCAACCGCGUCAGCGACGCAGCCGUGCCGACCCUGACCGCCGCCCUCAAGAGUCUGCCCAAUCUAGCCGUGCUGGAUCUAAGCUGUAACGGGAUCAGUCAGGAAGGAUUGAAGCUACUGCAGGAAGGAUUAACGGAGAGGAAUAUCGGAGGGGAACAUGUCGGGCCGGCUGCACUGGGGCAGGGUAGCUCCAAACCAAUUGAGCUUCUAGAGGAGUUGAACCUAAGCUACAACCCACUAACAGACGCAUGCGCCCCGUACCUCUCUGCUCUCAUCCAACACUGCAGCCUUCUCUCAAACCUCGUCUUGACCUCAUGUGACCUCACAACCAAACUCUUUCAGCUUCACCGACGGGCGCUCACCGAUGCAUUUCAGGGUGCAAACAAUCUACGGACUCUACACAUCUCCCAUAAUGCACUAGGCUCCACCGGGGUGGAGCUUCUCCUACGAUGUCUAUCAUCGGAGGUUGUGUCAUCGCUGGAUCUAUCCUGCGUCAUCAUGUCAUCAGCAGGAAGCAACCUAGCCAAGCAUCUCGUUGCUUAUCUCUCACUGCCGGAUUGUUCACUGAAGGAGCUACGUCUGUCGGGAUGUCAACUCGGUGAUCAAGAUAUAUUUGAUAUUAACAGAUGUUUACCAGCAAGCAGCCAGCUCACAACCCUUGACCUAUCAAGCAAUGCAAACAUCACCGAAGCCAGCAUCUGCCAACUUCUCCAGGUAACCGCCAGGUCCCAACCCCCACUAGAAUCCCUCGAUCUGUCCGGCUGUGGAUUACGAACGCCUCUCUCAACGGACUUCCUCGCAUCGCUGUCGCUCAACCUGGUCCAGGAUGGCCACAAGAGGGCUCCCCUGAAGGGGCUUCGGAUGUGUGGGAACAAACUGAGCAAGGGGGAUUGCGAGUUACUGAUCGGUGUGUGGGAGGAGGCACAUGGGAACGUCGCGAUGCAUCAUGUGGAUUCAACGCGAUGUGUGCUGUAUGUCAGGGAAUGAUUAGAGUGGUAGCGACUGGAACGCUACUGCAAAACCUUGUGAGGUAUGCUUGCUAGAAGAACUCAUGGGAAAUAAAUAUGUUACGAGGGUAAAACUUAUCAAUUGCUACAUGUUUUAGCGAGCUCCCUUAACUGAAGGUCCACUAGCCAAGUUCUAGUUAAAACACUCGAGAACCAGUCACAAAUCUCUCCAAGUGGUUCUUGCUGCCUGGUUCUGUGUUGGAAAGCAUACUCAGUUUAUGUGAAAUAUGGCCCAGUGAAAAAGCUAGUGAAGCAGAAAAUAGAAGAGAAAGCUGAUGCAAACUGCUUUACCAACCUAAAUGCAAAAGAAGAGUGAAUGUCCUGACGUUUCGACUCAAGCAAAGUCUUUCUCAAAGGAGUCUUUCUCAAAGGAGAUGUGAAACAACAAACUAACUGGUCCUGCUGGCCAGCAAUGGAAAAAGCCUAAGGGCAAACUAUAAUGUUCAUGGACGACAACAGGGCAUUGUUAAGGACUUGGUUUGAUGAUGUGUUCUCAUCAAGAAGGGCUCAAUACAAAGCUUAUUCAAGACAAGGGAAUAUUUUUAAAGUUUCCAAAUUGGGCAUGGCUUGCCCUAGCCAAGACGGUUUUUGCAAUUUUGACCACUCUGUUGAUUUUAUCAAGUAAAAGAAGGGGAAAACGAAGCCUUCAAAGUUCAGUUACCACAACUUCAUUUAUUUGAUUCAUUUUUACAAAGGACAACAAAAAUAACCAGGAAGACAAAUGUUUGUUAGAAUUGAGAAUUUAAUUUUUACCUAAACCAGGAUUCUCAGGAUUACUUUGUGAAAAUAACCGUUGAUUCAAUCUUUUUUGGCAUGAUAUUCUUCCUGCAUUUGUAUAAUUUUUGCUAGUUUUUUUUUUUGCCACUGGGAAAUAUCAGAAUUAGUUGUGAUAAUACUUUUUAAAAGUCUGAAAAGUCUAUUCAAGUCUACACCACAUAUGAAGGUCAGCCCCAUAUUUGACAAAAUGUUCCUACUUUUUUUUUUUUCAAGGGCUAAGUGUCGUACCAUCCCCCCUUCUUUUAUGUAUUGCUUAAACCAUUUCAACUUACUAUCAAUAAAACAACUUUUAAAGCUUGGUUCUAAGUUGGAAAAUAAAAAAAUCAUUCUUUAGUAACAAAAAUAAGUACAUGUAUUGACCCCUUGCAUGAAAUGCUGCACACUUGGGCCGUGUCCAAAACAGUGACUUCGGCUACGGCUAGAUCAUGUGCUUCUGCCUAUUCUUCAACACUGGCAGACGCGCUGAUCUUGCUGUGGCUGUAGCUGAAUUUGCAGUUUUGGAAACGGCCUUACACUCGCCUAUCCUGUCUGCCAUUUUGUAAUUAAUGAGCAUGGUAUUAAUUUGGGUACUCUCUACCCAAAUGUUCCCAUACUUUAACACACAAUUUUUUCUCUCGUACAGAAGUGCCCCCCUAAAAAACAUAACCUCUGAAGUCUCCUCUCUUUUUUCUGGCAUGAUAUUCUUCAUACUUAAGUCUAACUUCGGAUUUAUUUUUGCUUUGCCCAUAGGUAAUAUCAGAAAAAUAUCAGAAAUAUCAGAAAAAAAUCCUCUGAAGAAUUCCUGAGUUUCCGAGCAUAUCAGAAACAUGACACAAUACAAUACACCAUAUGCCCCAUAUCAAGCACAAAAUGACAAAACUGGUGGAAAUGGCAGACGCGCAUUUUGUCGAGGUGCAUUCAUGACCGAAUAAGUAGCAAUUAAUUUCCAUCUAUAAUUUAGAAAGCAAUUUCACUUGGUGAAAAUAAACUGUCUGGUAUAAGUAAUUUAAUUACAUUUAUAACUAUUUUAUCAGUAUAAGAAAACAUGGUAAUGUACUAAAGGCCUUUUCUUUGUUUAUAUUAUUAAGUAUACUUCAGCUAAGUAUCAAAAUAAAUUUGACACAAUUAUUGUCGAUGUCAUAAAAACUGUUGUCUCUUGUGUGUUAAACCCAUUCCCGAUUUGUCACUUGCAGUGUUCCAUCUCGUACACGGGCUAGCAUAUCCAAUCAAAAAUUUUAAAAAUAAAGAUCAAACUCAAAGAAAUCAUAAAAUAAAACAAUUUUAAACCGUACAGACUGCUUAGGAGAGCUUUGUAAAACCAAACAUAAAGAUCUUGUAAAAAACCUCGGACGACCUCGUUUCAAUUCAGCAUUCAACCAUGCAAAAACCAUGCAAAAUAUGGGUCCAGAAUGACCCCAACAGGGAAAAGACCUGUGAAUAACACUAGCCUUUCUAUGCAGGAGAGCCACUCUACUCUCGAGGUCACAAGAAAAGAGUGAAAAGGGACGUACAUGUAUUUUCUGUUUUUCAAACAGAGUUUAUUAUCACUUGUGAUAAAAAACUAUUGUUUUACUCUUUUUUUCAGAAGCGAUACCAUUUUAGACAGUGAUCACACUGAUCUAACCAAUAGUGAACAGGGCCUUUCAGAGAGUGUACCUACUUUCAUUAAUCGACCUAUUAUUGUAAAAAGAUAAGUAGAGAUUUAAGUUAUCAAACACCUCGUUUCAGGCUUAAAAAUUAACACUGGACCCUAGUUUUCACAUUUCGCCAAUAACCCUAGGACGGGACAAGCCCAGUUGUCUUUCAACUGAAUACAUUACCUUGUUCUGUAAUUAUGUGAACAAUGAUGAUUAUGAAUCUGAUAAAAUAGCUAUGAUUUCAGUAGAGUAUUUAAGUACAUCCAAGUACACGAGCGCUGAUAACCAACGUCCUCUGUUAUGGGCACCAACUGUUUGGCAUCACGAUUGUUUACUAUUUCCAAUAGUGCUUCACAGGAUAAACCAAAACAAUGUCCCUUAUUAUCGGUUGGCUAGUAUGCAGCACGAAACUCUUUCACUGGCUGGCUCUCAGUAGGCAACUAGUGAUUUUCCCGCAUUUUUCCGCAUGUACAUGUAGCUUGAUUGGGCCGUGGUGUCGUGCCACUCUUUUAUUAGUUUUCUUUUUUGCCAAGAAAUAAUUGAAAUUAGUUUUGACGAACCAUUGAUCAAUGAUCUUUCUGCAAGUAUUUCAUCAAAAACACCAAUCAUUCAGUUGCAACCCAAAGAAAGGAAAGAAAAGAGUCAAGAAAAAGUGACUUGGAGUUAAGUUACGAUGAUAUGAUCAAGCUGAUCGAUAAUAAUAACCCGUUUUUAAUAACCCGUUUUUAAAUAGCGCUUUUCACACCCGGAGGGCAUCCCAAAGCGCUUCA